AUGCAGACUGAAGGGGAUAGAGGUAAGUAGCCGUGCUGACGACCGAGCCUGCGAAUUCUCACAGUUCGGCCAUGACGUGGGAACGUCUGCUACAAAGGAGGAGAAAGACCACUGUCCACUGGAAUCGGUCAUGAAAAAUUUUUGUUGUUGUGCCAGCCUCCAGCAAGCACCCCGGCCCCACCCAUAAGUUCAUGCAAAAAACAUCCAUAUUUGGCAAAUCAGCCGUGAGUUGUUUUGCGCCUGUCUCGUUUUCGUGCCCUGCGCCACCCAAAUCCUCCAACCAUAUGACUGAGUUGUCGUCAUUUCAGCAUUCUAUUUUGGCACCAUCCGGCUGACAUUUGUUUAUUUCCUGCAGACCGUCAGCGGCUUCGUGACCUUCGAUGGUUAACACAGGCUCAGGUUUGUGCAGAUUGUUUGCUCUCGCGCCUGCAUUCCCUCAAGUUCCACAUGUUACAGUAUGCAAAUUUUAGCACAUUUUCGGGCAUGUUCCCACUUUGAACAUAUCUCCGGCCAACGGAGUUUGUUGCCGUUGAUGUUUAUUGAACCCAGAAGUCAGGACCGCUGUUGUGAAAGUGGCGUCGCAAUGAUGUCGACAGAGUGCAGUCUCGCGUACGUUUUAACUAUGACGUAAAUUACCCGGGACCUGAGGACUUUCGAGAUUUUGUUGGUCGCUCAGAGUAAUCUACAGUAGAUGUAAUAACUCAUGAAAUGUCAUGAGAUCCACAAGAAAACCCCUAUCAAGCAAAAUCCGUCCACGAUGUGCCGAAACCUAGACACUUACGGGGAAGGAAAAUAAGUAAUCGACAGUCGUGGGUCACUUUGAUCAGCCAUCAGUAAAACUACCUUUUCAGGGAUAGUUUUUUCUGAAAAAAAUAUUUAAUUACUGCAAUAGACCGUCAUUUCCACACACGCACACACACUCAAUUUGGUCAUUUUCGCUGACGAUGUCUGCCAUGUGCUCCACAACUAGGUGAGUGCAGAGGCUGUGACUUGAGCGUGGAUUUGUUCAUAGUGAUAGUAGUAGUAGUAGUAGUAGAAGUAGCAAUAUUAGUAAUAGCAGUGUUGGUAAUAAUAAUACGAGUAGUAGUAAUAGUCGUGGUGGCAGCAGUAGGAGCGGUAGUAGUAGUAGUAGUAGCGGUAGUAGUAGUAGUAGUAGUAGUAGUAGUAGUAGCGGUAGUAUUAGUAGUAGUAGUAGUAGUAGUAGUAGUAGUAGUAGUAGUAGUAGUAGUAGUAGUAGUAGUAGUAGUAGUAGUAGUAGUAGUAGUAGUAGUGGGGUGUAGGGGUGUCAGCGGUGGGUUCACGUAAUGGUCGUGGUGGUCGCUCACUUGCCUGCAGGUGAGACUGCGCCUAGCGUCCACUUGCUGGCACUCAACUCUCACCUGUGGCUCCACGUAGCUGGGCUCUGCUCAGCGGCCACACCGCGGGCAACCGUCUCGACCGGCGGGCUAAACCAGGUGAGGGGGCCCUGUGCGCUGUGCCGUGUGCACAGGGUUUGCGGAUUCCGCUGGAUGGAAGGUCGGAUGGAACCUUGCGUCGGCACCGCCGUGACGUGGUUCGUCUCUGCACGUCGCUUGACAGCCGGUGACGGGAUGGACCUCCACAUCCACAUCGCCUUGACGCGCCCACCCUCGCCGACGGAGACCGCGGCUUACGGCGAAUUCGAGUCGCUCUCCACUACAACCCGAAGUCGUGGUCCCAUAGUGGAGUUCGGCCGUGCCACAACGGCACAUGGCAGCCCUAUUCAGGGAUGGCACUGCCAGCCCCCACGAGGGGAAGGGCCUAGAAAAGGUGGCCUAAACAUUGCUGGGUACCACGCCGUCUCCAGGCUAGCCAGGGCCGCAGACGUCUAAACAUGGUCGAAACAAUCAAAAUCGAAACAAAAACAAUACCAAUAACAACAACAACAACCAUACUCAUUCUCCUCAUCCUACCUCUUCUACCUCUACCUCCGUCUAUUCUUCUGCCUAUUCGUCUCCUUCGUCAUCUUCUCCACCUCCUUCCCGUCGGCCCACUCGUUGUCACCAGACUGGCAGGGUGAGCCCGCUCACUCUGGCAGCCUGGAAUGUUCGUUCCCUUUUAGACAAUCCGAGGAGCAACCGACCGGAGCGGAGGACAGCGCUAUUGGCACGAGAACUGGCGCGCUACAAGGUGGACAUCGCCGCACUCAGCGAGACCCGUUUCUCCGAACAAGGCCAACUGGAGGAGGUGGGGGCUGGCUACACCUUCUUCUGGAGCGGUCGACCCAGGGCAGAGCGACGAGACGCGGGCGUCGCCUUCGCCAUUCGGAAUGACAUCGUGGGACGACUGCCCUGUUUGCCGCAGGGCAUCAGCGAUCGCCUGAUGAGCCUCCGCCUGCCUCUCCGGGGAGGCAAAUUCGCCACCAUUAUCAGCGCCUACGCUCCGACGAUGACCAACCCCGACGCCGUCAGAGACAAAUUCUACGAGGACCUGCACGCCCUCUUGGCGACUGUGUCGAAGGCGGACAAGUUGAUUGUCCUUGGCGACUUCAACGCCCGCGUCGGCACAGACCAUACUGCCUGGAGAGGAGAACUGGGCCCUCACGGUCUCCACGGCUCCAACGACAACGGCCUGCUUCUCCUCCGCACCUGCGCAGAACACCGCCUCAUGCUGACGAACACAUUCUUCUGUCUGCCGGAGCGAGAGAAGGCCACCUGGAGGCAUCCUCGGUCGCGCCAGUGGCACCUGCUGGACUAUGUCCUCGUCCGGAGGCGAGAUCAGCGGGACGUGCUGGUGACGAAGGCGAUCGCGGGUGCUGACGGGUGGACCGACCAUCGCCUCGUCAUCUGGAAGAUGCGUAUUCGCCUACAGCCUCGCAGGAGACCACAAGGUAAGCGACCACCAGGUAAGCUGAAUGUUGACUUGUUGCCUUUGACCGCUCACCAACUUCAUUUCAGCAACGAGCUAGCUCAACGGCUAGACAACCUUCCUAUCGCUGCCGCCGACGACGCCGCCACUGCCGAGAACGCCUCCGUGGAGAAACGCUGGUGUCAACUGCGAGACACGGUCCAGUCGACGGCGCUCGCCGUCCUCGGUCGCGCUCCCCGCCAACACCAGGACUGGUUCGACGACAACGACGCCGCCAUCAGAAAUCUGCUAGCUGAGAAGAACCGCCUAGACAAAGCCUACGUAAAUCACCCCACUGAUGCCACCAAAGAUGCCUUCUACCGCAGUCACCGCCAGCUUCAGCAACGACUGCGCGAGAUGCAGGACGCCUGGACUGCUCGCAAAGCUGAGGAGAUCCAAGGGUACGCGGAUCGCAACGAAUGGAAGAACUUCUUCUCUGCGAUCAAAGCUGUCUACGGUCCGCCGACGAAGGGCACUUCUCCUCCCCUCAGCGCCGACGGCAACACUCUCCUGACUGAGAAGACGCAAAUCCUGCAGCGCUGGGCCGGGCAUUUCCGAGGCGUCCUCAACCGCCCCUCCGUCAUCUCCGACGCCGCCAUCGAGCGUUUGCCGCAAGUGGAGACCAACGUAUACCUCGACCUCCCGCCAUCUCUCCAGGAGACCAUCAGGGCCGUGCAGCAGCUCUCCAGCGGGAAAGCACCCGGAUCGGUCGCAAUUCCUGCUGAGGUCUACAAGCACGGAGGUCCCCAACUGAUGGGUCAGUUGACUGCGCUCUUCCAAGAGAUGUGGCGUCGAGGUGAAGUCCCGCAAGAUUUCAAAGACGCAACCAUCGUGCAUCUCUACAAGCGCAAAGGGAAUCGCCAAGUCUGCGACAACCACCGUGGCAUCUCCCUGCUGAACAUCGCCGGGAAGAUCUUCGCACGAAUCCUCCUCAACCGCCUCAAUAAUCAUCUGGAACAGGGUCUUCUGCCGGAAAGCCAGUGCGGCUUCCGUUGUCAUCGUGGGACCACGGAUAUGAUCUUCGCCGCCCGUCAACUUCAGGAGAAGUGUCAGGAGAUGCGGACCCACCUGUACUCUACCUUCGUGGACCUGACGAAAGCCUUCGACACGGUGAAUCGUGAAGGACUGUGGAAGAUCAUGCAGAAAUUCGGCUGUCCGGAGCGAUUCACUCAGAUGGUGCGUCAGCUGCACGACGGUAUGAUGGCGCGAGUCACGGACAACGGAGCUGUCUCAGAGGCAUUCGCAGUGACCAAUGGAGUGAAGCAGGGCUGCGUACUGGCGCCUACCCUCUUCAGUCUUAUGUUCUCUGCCAUGCUGAUGGACGCCUACCGCGACGAACGCCCCGGGAUCCGCAUCGCCUACAGGACGGACGGUCACCUCCUGAAUCAACGGCGGAUGCACUUCAAAUCGCGCGUAUCCACAACCACCGUGCACGAACUCCUCUUCGCCGACGACUGUGCCCUGAACACCACCUCGGAAGAGGAGAUGCAACGGAGCAUGGACCUGUUCUCCGCCGGCUGCGAGAAUUUCGGUCUGUUCAUCAACACACAGAAGACGGUGGUGAUGCACCAACCGUCACCCAACUCAGCCACAGCCCCCAACGCGCCGCCGCAAAUCAGCGUGAACGGAACCCAACUGCAGGUGGUGGAGAACUUCCCGUACCUGGGCAGUACUCUCUCCCGCAACACCAAGAUCGACGACAAGGUCGCCAACAGGAUCUCGAAAGCCAGUCAAGCCUUCGGUCGCCUCCAAAGCACAGUUUGGAAUCGUCAUGGUCUCCAACUGAGCACGAAGCUGAAGAUGUACAAGGCUGUCAUCCUGCCGACGCUACUGUAUGGAGCGGAGACUUGGACGGUGUACGCAAAGCAGGCACGUCGUCUGAACCACUUCCACCUCAGUUGUCUUCGUCGCAUCUUGAGGCUGAAGUGGCAGGAUCGAAUCCCCGACACGGAAUUACUGGAACGAACGGGAAUCCUCAGCAUCUACGCCAUACUGAGGCAAAUUCAGCUGCGCUGGAGCGGCCACCUGGUGCGCAUGGACGACGAGCGACUACCCAAACGACCCUUCUACGGAGACGUCGCGACGGGUUCUCGCCGUCAAGGAGGCCCUAUUCGUCGAUACAAGGAUACCCUGAAGUCCUCCCUGAAAUGCCUGCAAAUCAACCCCACCAACUGGGAGGAGCUCGCACUCGAUCGACCGACCUGGAGGAGGACAGUGAAGACAGGCGCUGCUAUCUACGAAGCCAACCGCAUCGCUGCCGCCAAAGCGAAACGUGAAGCCCGCAAAUCACAAAUUCGCCCAGUAAGCAACGCCGCCGCACAACCGCUUCCAACGUGUCCUCGAUGUCAACGAACUUUCCGGGCUCGAAUCGGACUUGUUAGACAUCUUCGGAUUAACUGCGCCUCUCGAACGGCACCAACCAUUGUCCCCCCGCCUGCUUCUUCCUCCACCUCCUCCUCCUCUCCGCCGCCAACCAACCCUGACAAUUCUUCUGACCCACCACUUCCAUCAUCAUCCUCCUCCUCCUCCUCCUCCUCGCCCACUGCUCCAACGGCGGCCGCUCAGGCGACUGUCCCGCGCACAACAACCGACGCUACCACCACCUCCCCCGACUCCAGGGAUGAGGAUCAGGACUGCACCUGCCCUCACUGCGAUCGCACCUUCACUUCACGCAUCGGCCUGGUCGGUCACUUGCGAAUCCAUCGCACAGAGCCUGACGAACCAGUGCGUGAAGCACCAACCUACACCCACCGCACUCGCCUCCACUGCCCACACUGCCCUCGCACCUUCAAGCAUCGCAUGGGCCUUUUCGGCCACAUGCACAUCCACGAGAGCGGCCUUGCCCGCACUCCCGACACACCCACUACAUCCAACACAUCCACCGUGCACACCCCCACUCUCUUUCCAUCCGUCCGCGACACCACCACCACCACCGCCUCCUCUGUAGCUGACACUGACACCGCCGACUUCUCAUGCCCACACUGUCCACGCACAUUCACCUCACGCAUCGGCCUGGUCGAUCACUUGCGAAUCCAUCGCACAGAGACUGGCGAACCAGUGCCUGGAGCACCCACCUAUACCCACCAAGCUCGUCUCAACUGCCCACACUGCCCUCGCACUUUCAGGCAUCGUAUGGGCCUAUUCGGCCACAUGCGCAUCCACGACGACCUGCGGUAG